AUGGAGAUACGAGUAGGAGUGGUGAGGGGGGCUGUAUCGUCAUGUCACCUGAAGGAUGUAAAGUCAUCGGUGCUGUGCAUGAUUUUUCUUGAGCAGAAGAAUGAAGUUGAUGCGCAGGUGGAGGUGAAAUUUUCUGAAGGAGUACCUGAGCAUACACGUUUACCGAUCAGAUCUACUAUUGAGAGUCUAUUUUGUGUGAAGAGCAGAUCUACGCGAAUAAGAGUUGUUUUGCAUGUGAUACGAAGUGGAGAUGAUGUAUUCUGCAGUCUUAUUAACUCUUUUUCUGUAUGUGUGGCAUUUUCAGGACUUGGGGUGGUUGAUACUGUGUGUUCGAGCAUGCUGCGCGUGAAUGGAACUGAAGUUGAGGGAGAUAAUGGCACUUGGAUUCAUGUUGUGUAUAUGAUCCACAAGAAAAGGAUCAUGCAGGUGUAUUUUGAAGGCAUGGUAGAUGUAGAGAGGUUUGGUAAUGCAGCAGAGAAACUUGUUUCUGAGUGUGAUAAGAAAGGCGAGGAUCUAAAAGCGAAGAUAGAACAGAUUGUAGAGGGUAGUGUAGGAUCGUAA